CGAGGCGCCGCUGCUCCCACAGACGCUCGCGAGCCGGCCCCCGCGCUCCCAGCCUCCUCUUCCUCCCGCACGCCCGAGACGCUCGCCCGCCUCGGGGCUCGCCUCCGGCUCCCCCGCUCCUCGCCCCUCGCUCGCGUCCCACAUUGUCUGUGCCUCGCUCGCUCUCUCUCUCUCUCUGAGGGGAGGAAAAGAAAAAAAAAAUCCCCCUCCUCCUCCUCAGGGAGCCCCUCGCCCGCAGAAAAACAAAACCAGCCAUGGUCCUGGGCUCCCGCUCCUGAAGGACCGGCCGAGCGCGGGGCAGGCUGCCCAGUGGUCACCGCCGCCGAGGUCCCCCUGCGCCGCCCCCGCGGGCCGGCCGCUCCCCGGCGCCCGCCCGGCGGCCCCAGCCCCGCGGGCCUCCCGCGCGUCCCUCACUUUCCCGGGAGCCGCCGCACACACCCUCCAUUGAUGGUGUAGCGCCGCCGGGGAAGCAUUUCUGAAACGUUGGGGUAAUUGGAGUGGUUGGAUUUUCCCUGGAAUUGAGUGACAAAUUCAGAAGACUGAAGCCCAGGCUUACUGUCUACCUUUCACGGAGGCCUAGCCGUGAGAGGACAGAAGAAGGCACGUGGCGAAUCAUGACAGCUGACAAAGACAAAGACAAAGACAAAGACAAAGAGAAGGACCGGGACCGAGAUCGGGACCGAGAGAGAGAUAAAAGAGACAAAGCAAGAGAGAGUGAGAAUUCAAGGCCUCGCAGGAGUUGUACCUUAGAAGGAGGAGCCAAAAAUUAUGCUGAGAGUGACCACAGUGAAGAUGAGGACAAUGACAACAGUGCCACAACAGAGGAGUCCACAAAGAAGAACAAAAAGAAACCACCCAAAAAAAAAUCUCGUUAUGAAAGGACAGAUACUGGUGAAAUAACAUCAUACAUCACUGAGGAUGAUGUUGUCUACAGACCAGGAGACUGUGUGUAUAUCGAGAGUCGGAGGCCAAAUACACCGUAUUUCAUCUGUAGCAUUCAAGACUUCAAACUGGUCCACAACUCCCAGGCCUGUUGCAGAUCUCCAACUCCUGCUUUGUGUGAGCCCCCAGCAUGCUCUCUGCCGGUGGCAUCUCAGCCACCACAACAUCUUUCUGAAGCCGGGAGAGGGCCUGUAGGGAGUAAGAGGGACCAUCUACUCAUGAACGUCAAAUGGUACUACCGCCAAUCUGAAGUCCCAGAUUCAGUGUAUCAGCACUUGGUUCAGGAUCGACAUAAUGAAAAUGACUCUGGAAGAGAACUUGUCAUAACAGACCCAGUUAUCAAGAACCGAGAGCUCUUCAUUUCAGAUUAUGUGGACACUUACCAUGCUGCCGCACUCAGAGGGAAGUGUAACAUCUCCCAUUUUUCUGACAUUUUUGCUGCUAGAGAAUUUAAAGCUCGAGUGGAUUCCUUUUUCUACAUAUUAGGCUACAACCCUGAGACCAGGAGGCUGAACAGUACACAGGGGGAGAUUCGCGUCGGUCCUAGCCAUCAGGCCAAACUUCCGGACUUGCAGCCAUUUCCUUCUCCAGAUGGUGAUACUGUGACCCAGCAUGAGGAACUGGUUUGGAUGCCUGGAGUCAAUGACUGUGACCUGCUUAUGUACUUGAGGGCAGCAAGGAGUAUGGCGGCAUUUGCGGGAAUGUGUGACGGCGGCUCCACGGAGGAUGGCUGUGUCGCAGCGUCACGGGAUGACACCACACUCAAUGCUUUGAACACUCUCCAUGAGAGCGGCUACGAUGCUGGCAAAGCCCUGCAGCGCCUGGUCAAGAAGCCCGUGCCCAAGCUGAUUGAGAAGUGCUGGACGGAGGACGAAGUGAAACGUUUCGUGAAGGGGCUUAGGCAGUACGGCAAGAACUUCUUCAGAAUUCGGAAGGAGCUGCUUCCCAAUAAGGAAACGGGCGAGCUCAUCACUUUCUAUUACUACUGGAAGAAAACCCCCGAGGCCGCCAGCUCCCGGGCCCACCGCAGGCACCGCCGGCAGGCCGUGUUCAGGAGGAUUAAAACUCGAACUGCGUCCACACCAGUCAACACGCCCUCCAGGCCUCCCUCCAGCGAAUUCUUGGACCUGAGCUCUGCCAGCGAGGAUGACUUCGACAGUGAGGACAGCGAGCAGGAGCUGAAGGGGUACGCCUGCCGCCACUGCUUCACGACCACUUCCAAAGACUGGCACCACGGCGGCCGGGAGAACAUCCUGCUCUGCACGGACUGCCGCAUCCACUUCAAGAAGUACGGCGAGCUCCCCCCCAUCGAGAAGCCCGUGGACCCCCCACCAUUUAUGUUCAAACCCGUCAAAGAGGAAGAUGACGGGCUCAGUGGGAAGCAUAGCAUGAGGACGCGGCGGAGUCGCGGCUCGAUGUCGACACUGCGCAGUGGUCGGAAGAAGCAGCCAGCCAGCCCUGACGGUCGGGCCUCGCCCGUGAAUGAGGACAUCCGCUCCAGCGGCCGGAACUCGCCCAGCGCCGCCAGCACCUCCAGCAACGACAGUAAAGCCGAGACCGUGAAGAAGUCGGCCAAGAAGGUGAAGGAGGAGGCUUCGUCCCCUCUGAAAAGCACCAAGCGGCAGCGGGAGAAGGUGGCCUCGGACACGGAGGAGGCGGAGAGGGCCAGCUCCAAGAAGACAAAGACCCAGGAGAUCAGCCGGCCCAACUCACCGUCCGAGGGCGAGGGCGAGAGCUCGGACAGCCGCAGCGUCAACGAUGAGGGCAGCAGCGACCCCAAAGACAUCGACCAGGACAAUCGCAGCACGUCCCCCAGCAUCCCCAGCCCCCAGGACAACGAGAGCGACUCGGACUCCUCAGCGCAACAGCAGCAGAUGCUCCAGGCCCAGCCCCCGGCCCUGCAGGCACCCAGUGGGGCCGGCCCGGCUCCCCCCACCGCCCCCUUGGGUGCCCCGCAGCUCCCCACCCCAGGGCCCACGCCGUCCACCUCUGCCGUCCCCCCACAGGGCUCACCCUCGGCCUCCCAGCCCCCCAGCCAGCUGCAGGCCCCCACACCUUCUGCCUCCCAUGCCCACCUCCAGCAGGCACCGGCCCUGCACCCGCAGCGGCUGCCCUCCCCACACCCACCCCUGCAGCCCCUGAGCACCCCGGCCGGCCCGAGCUCCGGCCCGGCUCAUGUGCAGCCACCCCUGCAUGGCCAGGGCCCGGCCGGCCCUCACAGCCUGCAGGCGGGGGCCCUGCUGCAGCACCCCGGGCCCCCCCAGCCCUUCGGCCUCCCCCCCCAGGCCUCGCAGGCGGCCGCCCACCCACACGCCUCCCUGCCGCCCCCCACCUCCCAGGCCGCACUACAGCCGCCCCGGGAGCAGCCGCCCCGGGAGCAGCCCCUGCCCCCGGCCCCCUUGGCCAUGCCGCACAUCAAGCCGCCCCCCACCACACCCAUCCCCCAGCUGCCCGCCCCGCAGGCCCACAAGCACCCCCCUCACCUGGCGGGGCCAUCUCCCUUCUCCAUGAACGCCAAUCUCCCGCCACCGCCCGCACUCAAGCCCCUGAGCUCGCUGUCCACGCACCACCCGCCCUCGGCGCACCCACCUCCGCUGCAGCUCAUGCCACAGAGCCAGCCGCUGCCGUCCUCGCCCGCACAGCCCCCUGUGCUCACCCAGAGCCAGAGCCUGCCCCCCGCCGCCAGCCUGCACCAGGUGCCGCCGCAGCCGCCGUUCACUCAGCACCCAUUUGUUCCGGGGGGUCCUCCUCCCAUCACCCCUCCAACUUGCCCCUCGACCUCCACCCCACCUGCGGGCCCUGGCCCCUCCACCCAGCCCCCCUGCUCCGCUGUGGUGUCUGCUGGGGGCGGCGCAUCUGGGGGGGCAGCCUGCCCACUCCCCACCGUCCAGAUCAAAGAAGAGGCCCUGGAUGACGCGGAGGAGCCCGAGAGCCCUCCGCCCCCGCCAAGGAGCCCGUCCCCCGAGCCCACCGUGGUGGACACCCCGAGCCACGCCAGCCAGUCGGCCAGGUUCUCCAAGCACCUGGACCGCGGGUAUAACUCCUGCGCGAGGACGGACCUGUACUUCAUGCCGCUGGCGGGCUCCAAGCUGGCCAAGAAGCGGGAAGAAGCCAUCGAGAAGGCCAAGCGCGAGGCCGAGCAGAAGGCGCGGGAGGAGCGAGAGCGCGAGAAGGAGAAGGAGAAGGAGCGCGAACGCGAGCGGGAGCGGGAGCGCGAGGCCGAGCGAGCGGCUAAGGCGUCCAGCUCGGCACACGAAGGCCGCCUCAGCGACCCCCAGCUCAGUGGCCCGGGCCACAUGCGGCCGUCCUUCGAGCCCCCCCCGACCACCAUCGCUGCUGUGCCGCCCUACAUCGGGCCCGACACGCCUGCCCUCCGGACUCUGAGCGAGUACGCUCGGCCCCACGUCAUGUCGCCCACCAACCGCAACCACCCCUUCUACAUGCCGCUCAACCCCACCGACCCCCUGCUGGCCUACCACAUGCCGGGCCUCUACAACGUGGACCCCGCCAUCCGCGAGCGCGAGCUCCGGGAGCGCGAGAUCCGCGAGCGAGAGAUCCGAGAGCGCGAGAUCCGAGAGCGCAUGAAGCCGGGCUUCGAGGUGAAGCCGCCCGAGCUGGACCCCCUGCACCCCGCCACCAACCCCAUGGAGCACUUCGCCCGGCACAGCGCCCUCACCAUCCCCCCCACCGCGGGCCCCCACCCCUUCGCCUCUUUCCACCCGGGCCUGAACCCCCUGGAGAGGGAGAGACUGACCCUGGCCGGCCCCCAGCUGCGGCCCGAGAUGAGCUACCCCGAGCGGCUGGCGGCCGAGCGCAUCCACGCCGAGCGCAUGGCCUCGCUCACCAGCGACCCCCUGGCCCGCCUGCAGAUGUUCAACGUGACGCCCCACCACCACCAGCACUCCCACAUCCACUCCCACCUCCACCUGCACCAGCAGGACCCCCUCCAUCAAGGUUCUGCGGGCCCAGUUCACCCACUGGUCGACCCCCUGACUGCUGGCCCCCAUCUGGCUCGCUUUCCCUACCCGCCUGGCACCCUCCCCAACCCUCUGCUGGGACAGCCCCCCCAUGAGCACGAGAUGCUGCGUCACCCAGUUUUCGGCACCCCCUACCCCCGAGACCUGCCCGGGGCCAUCCCACCACCCAUGUCGGCGGCCCACCAGCUACAGGCCAUGCACGCCCAGUCGGCCGAGCUGCAGAGACUGGCCAUGGAGCAGCAGUGGCUGCAUGGACACCCCCACAUGCACGGCGGCCACCUCCCCAGCCAGGAGGAUUAUUACAGCCGACUGAAGAAAGAAGGGGACAAGCAGUUAUAAGUUAUUUAUUUGUUAAGGCCGGCUGUGGAAGCCCCAGUUCUGGGGGAGAAACAGGACUUUUGACAUACAAGAGGAGCUGCAAAGCGAAGAGUAUCUUCUAAAGAUGUCUUGACCUAUUUAAAAGCCCACAACUAAAAAUGUCUCAGCAUACUAGUGUCGUUGUAGAGAGGAGUCGGAGACAGCGCGGUCUCCCUGCAUGACGGUCCCCCGGCAGCUUGUCCCGGGCGGGGCUGAACACUCGGAAACCUUCCUGCAGUCUUGGGGUUCGGCUUUCAUUUUCUUUUCCUUCUUGAGUUCUUUGUAGGUGCUAGGCUCCAGCCCACACUCCCCACUGUGCGUGCAGGCAGCUCGGCUCCCUGUGUUCCCAGACCCGCGGGGUUUGCAGCUAGAUGACAUAUGAGUUUGGAAUCCAAGAGCUAUAAUUUUUAAAAGAUCUUUUAUUUUAAUACAUUGUAGGAAAUCUUCAUAAUUUGAGAAAGUUCUGCAGCAUGGCUUUUUACGUCUGUAAAUAAAUAAUUUUAGAACAGCCUUUUUUUCCUUCCACAAACUACUAUUCUGAUCUAUUUUUCCCAGCCAUGUCACUAAGUGUGAAUUCCUACCAGCUAUUGACAGAAUACAGAGUUGAUUUUUUAUAAAAGUUAUAUAUAAUUAUCCCUUUAAUUAAAGGGCGCAGGUGGGCGUUGCUAAUCACAAACAGGCGAGAGCUUGGGAUGGGGUCAGGUCACAGGCGCAUCCCAGGGUCUGCAGGGGACAGUGUCAUAGACUUUGAUUUGCUGCUUUGGUUUCCUUCCGCCUGUCCCAGCUCGCGCUCGGCCUCGUGUCCCCCGUCAGCGUGUCCGCCGCCAGAGUCCCUCCCCUCGCUCUGCACACACGGUGGUUCUGGGCGAGCUGCCUUGGUCGUACUCCGGCCGUUCCGUAAACACCCCGGAAAGCCGACGCGCCCUGCGCUGAGUUGGCCCCGUGUCUGCUCGCCGGCACAGCCAGGCUCCCUUGUGAGCGAGUCACUGACAUCUUGCGGCCGAGGUGGUUGGAGCGAGGGGUCCCCUAGACCAGCCUGCGGGGCUGCGGAGUUCUGCGCAGGGCCAGGCGCUGUGCCUGGGGUCCCACGUCAUACAGGAGAGCCCAUGGAGGAGGAACAGGAGGCAACAGCAGGGGGAAGCCGGCUUCAGGCCGGGGCCCCGCGGCCUGAGAGGCUGAUGUCAUGCACUUCGGCAUGAGGUGAGGACAUUCUGGGGACACCGGCCCCUCUCCACCCCGCCUCUCCCAGGACGCCCCCACUCCCCCCCACACUCUGGCAGGCCGUUCUGCCCGUGUGCAUGUGGGCACGUCCAUGAACAGACCAUGGUGGCGGCCAGAGAGCGGGGCACCUAGGCAGAGGGGAGGCCGCGCCCGGACCCAGAAGCCACAGGCAGCAGCUUGGCUUGGUGUCUGGCUCCCGACUCCAGGCCCGUAUCAGGGGCGUUUUCGGUUCUGUUCAAACCGUUGGUUUCAGUUGGGACAGAUAGAGGAUUAUUGUGUCUGUUGAAGAUGUUUGAUGUUUUUUUCCUUGCGUUUUCUCAUUCCAUUUCUGCCUUAACUUUAGCUCCUUAAAGGGGAGGCAAGGCUCAGAUGAGCCCUUUGUUGUUGGGAGGCCCGUUUCCGGCGGGGUGAUUGGGGGCGGGGGGAGCUCUGCACCCCAGACUGUGGCCCUGGCCCAGGCGCCCCCGCAUCUCCCAGCUCUGACUUUCGGGCAACACCACACCCGUGUUCAUUUAAACCUUUUUCUCCUCUGUCAUCCAUUUCUCCAAAGAAGAGAGAGUGAAGUGCUUGGACGUCUGCUUGAAAGCUGUCUGGAGGCGUUAUCUCGUUCCGUUGGGUUUCCUCCCCUUCCCAAGGUGAAACAAUGAGAUUCUCCCACGUUUCACCCGCCGCUUGGCCAACCAGCCCGCGGGGCCUUUGGCUUCCUCCCGUCUGGAGUUUGGGUUUGCUUUCCCGUGUUUUGUACCUUGUUCAGUGUCGUCGGGUCGAGCUUCCCCUGCCUGCCGCAGAGCAGCGCGGACACGCCGGUUUGCUACGUUUCUAUAUAUCUGGAAGCUAAAUGUAUAUAUAUGAGUAGUUUGCCAUGAGAUAACACAGUGUGAACAGAGUAGACACCCCAAAAUCGUGACUUCUGUGUUCUCUCCAUUUGAGUAUUUUGUAAUUUUUUUGAAAUAUUUGUGGACAUAAAUAAAACUAAGCUACACUACAACA